AUGGAAUGUUUCAGUGUUAUACAGGACUGUAUCUUACAGAAUGCAGCGAAGAAUCAUUCGCUUACAAUGGAGAUGCUGCGCAAAGCGAUAGCAGAGCUACUCAUCGAUAUUGGAAUGUCAAACAGCAAAAUACGCAGCACAGGGGAAGAACAAGGAGAAAACCUAAUGGCAAACCUCAUGUAUAACGAUAAUACUUCAGCAGUACACCAAAUUACUGCGCAGGAGGAAUCACAAGCGAACGUACAAAGUGCACUGGUCUACGAGGAUGAGGAUUUUGAGAGCGAUGAGGGUGAAUCGCUGUCCGUUAUUGAAUCAGCCGUCAGCGAUUCGGCUAAAGAUGACGAUGAAUCAGUUGCUUCGAACUAUAAAUCAGACUCAUUAACGAAUUUUAGCAAUUCUUCUGCAACCAGUGCUUCAAAAUGA